AUGCUGUCGGCGCACAUCAUCCCGAUCGAGCAGACGAUCGAGGCCACCUUUGACCCCACCAUUGAGCAGGCGAGCGCAAGCAUGGACCACUCCAGUCCCAAUUCACUGCUUUCCCUGCCCUUUUCCUCCGUCCCUCAGCCCAUGGUGGGGUCACUCAUCAUCAUCAUGGUGGGGCUUCCCGGACGAGGCAAGAGCUAUGUGGGGCAGCAAAUAUGCUGCUACUUUCAGUGGAAUGGACUGAAGUGUAAGAUUUUCUCCCAUCAAUCGUACCAACGCAACCACUUGCAGAAAUACAGGCCGGCUGAGGAGGCCGCCAGUGGGGGUGUUAGUGAGCCGCUGAUGCAAGCAGAUAUUGCGAACAAGAUCAUUAUUGAAAUCGCAACUGACAUCGUAGCAUUUAUAUCAAAUACAGAUCGUGUGGCUAUUUUGGAUGGGACAAACUCAACGAACUCCCGGCGCCAGGCGAUAUUACGCGCUCUUAACGAGCAUCUGAGUAUCAAAUCAAACCGCAUUGUUUUUGUCGAGAUUGUUAGCAAUGACAAAAAGACGAUUAGCAGAAAUAUCUUACGGGCUCGGGAGAUGCAUGUGGAUCCGCCAGAAAAUUUUGAACAGCGCUAUUACGAGAACAUCGCACGACACGAAUCGAUAUAUGAAACCCUCAAUCCUAUCCGCGAUACGGAGCUUUCGUACAUCCAAAUCCAGGAAAACAAUAUAUACUCUCUCAACAUGAUUUCGGGUUGGAUGCCGUCUCGACUUGCGUAUAUGCUUCACAACUUCAACCAGUCUCAGCAGAAUGUGUACUUGACACGUGCGGGUGAACACGUCAAUUUGAUUUCCGGUCGUAUCGGUGGAAACUCUGAGCUAACGGAUCGAGGGGUCGCCUACAGUAUCGCACUCUUUAAUUUCUUCAAGGAGGAAGUCGGUGCUUCAAAUCCCUUUCAGGUGAUGUCGAGUUCCUCUAUACGGUGCAUGCAAACAGUUCGUUACUUUGCCGAGGAGAGCGCCAAACAAAUGUCUAACUCUUGCACUUCCAAACCAGGGGAGGCUGCGGCAGUGAAGCUCAACUGCAACGUGAACUACAUUCCCACUCUAGAAGACAUUAGCUAUGGCGACUGCGACGGUCAACUGCUAACUGAUAUUUCUAAGACGAUGUUAUCCACACUUCAGUCGAUUAAGGCAGAUUCCUAUAACACACCCUGGCCCAAUGGAGAGUGCAUUCAACAUGUUUUCAAUACCCGUUUAGAGCCCCAUAUCCAUGACAUCCAAGCGAGCUCAACUCCCGUUCUCGUGGUCUCGCAUUUGACGCUUCUGCAGGGGUUGCACGCCUUCUUCGUUACGAAGGAUACACAGGUGGUGGCACCGCAAAAUGCAUAUCGGAUAAAGAUUCCGCUUGAGACUGUUGUGAGGAUUCGUAUCGUGGGUAUACACCGCGUUGCGGAGUUGGUGAACCUCUCAAAAGAAGUUGAUCAAAUCGAGCUGGAAAUGAUGGGAAAGGUUUCUAGAGCUACACGGUCCCACAUUAACAAAUUCCUUAGCUUGCUCCAAAACUCUUCUAAUCCUGACUUGAAAGGUAUAACUAAGCCCCUAAACUAG